AUGUGUGGGGUGACAGAGUGUCAGAUGUUUUAUGGAGAGAUCCCCAGAUACAAAGAGGGGGGAGAGCGAGGGUACGACGGAGUGGGAAUCAACAAGCACGAGGGAGAUAACAUCCUCCCACUUUAUGGUGUGAUUGGCAAAUACAUGGCAGCUUUUCUACCUGCCAUUCCACUCAACCAUCUCGAUCACACAAUCAAGUGGAGUCACAGUGGGACAGUGAUAGUGAUGGCAGUGCUUUAUAGAGAUUCCACUCACAUUAUCAUCAUCGCAAUGGACAAAUGCACCAUUGCUACA